CGUUAAUUACGCCUACCUCCUGGUAACUGCAGCGCGCUCAGGUACAUUUUGUCAAGCAUUUAGAGCCUCGGGUUGGAAAUAUCUGAAGUGGUUCGGGUAAGACAAACACCGUAAACGGAAAACAACUUUGCGUGAUCACAUGUCAGUCAGUGUAGCUGGUAAUAUCUCCUGAAUGUAAACAUAUGGUAGCACAUCCUGGCAGAGUUUCAGUUGUGUGUGGCGUGAGCCACAUAAAGGACAUAACGCUGCUAUCUCAAAGAAAUGUGGUCGGUGGUUGUUUGUUUUUACUCACGGUUAUCUUAAAAGUCUUGCAGAUUGCAAUCUAUAAUCUACCGCAUGCUUGUGCACCGACAAAACGGGUAAGCGACAUUCCAGAAUAACGCAUCAGGCGUUGGUUUGCUUCGAUGCGCUCCGAGGUUUUAGGGUUUUCAGGCGUCUCCUCAGCAAAACAACUGAUUGUGCCUUAAAGACGAGCUGACGUCGAGAGUCGGUCUGGGCAGAAAGGGGAAACUGAAGCAGUCGCACAGGAAACUCCCACAGAGUUCUCGUCAGCGUUCAUACGGAGCCGUCAGACGAGAAGGAAGGAGUGAUGACUGUCGGACAAAAGGAAAGGCGCUCCUCAAACAGAAAAACCAAGUAAUUGGCCUCACCUCUAAGGCAAGAGCGCCUUGACGAUGUGGAGGAAACGCCGCUGAUGUGGAUCAGUAAAAAGAAAAGAAACGAGGCUCCGUGAACCCUGAAGGGAUGGCUCUCCUCCUGGUCUUGAUGUGGUUGGUUCUCCCGAAUCGGGCUCUCCUCUCUGGUCUGGAUCACUGCGGCGUUCAUGACGGCAGCAGCUCAAACAACAUGUCGCCUUGGCUGCAGUCCUUACAAUGCCACAAUGACUACAAGACCCAUGUGGACUGCAAAUGGAAGGCACCGACAAACACGACUCUGCAGGUCUGGCUGAGGGGAAACGAUGGCAGCAGUGAGCUCUGUGUGCCUUUUAAAGACGAAAAAACAACCGAGGAUGGAGUUGUCCAGUGCAGAUAUAAAACUCUUGUGCUUGGCAUGGGAAUCAGCCAUACUGUCUUCUUCACGAACAGCCAGACAAGAAGCUUCUGCUCGUCUUCCAAUCACACAUCUCUGGAUCUUGUUCAGCGCCUGAGGGCACGUCCGCCAGGGGGUCUGACUGCGUCUGAGGAAAGCGAUGGCAGCUACUGGCUGAAGUGGUCCAGUCCGUAUCCUCCAUCGUCCUCCCUGAACCAGAACCUCUCGUAUCAGCUCAGCUUCAGGACGCAGGACGAGGACGGCUGGACUACUGAGGCUGUCGCAGACACCAGCGUGAGACUGGAGGGGCAGAAGCUGCUUCCCGGCUGUAGAUACGAAGCCAGAGUGAGAGCCCGGGCCGACGUGGGUCGGUGGAGCGAAUGGAGUCCUGUGGCGAGCUGGAAAACUGGAGAUGACCUCGGGCAGGUUCCCUCUCUGGACUGUGUUCUGGAUGGAGAGAAGGAAGUGACGUGUAGCUGGGAGGUGAGCAGAGAGCUGGCUUAUCUCGUCACCUACCAGCUGACCUGUCGACACGACCCGACAGCACGGUUUGAGGGAUGUUGCGUGAACCCAGCUGUGAGUUCUGACCCCGGAGGGGCAGAAGUGAGGUACAGCUGCCCUCUCACUGAUGUGGACCCUGAACGUCUGCAGCUGAAGCUCCAGCCGGCACACAACGCUAAGACUUUUCAAGCGUACAAACACAUCCGUACCAAUUCACCAGUGCAGGUGAAAGUGAGGGAGAAUAACGGUGACUGGGUUGUGGAGUGGUCUCCACCAGCUGAGGCAGCUACAGAGCUGAUGUACCAGGUCUGGUAUUACAGGACCACAGAUCAGGGAUCCACGGAGCUGCUGAACAUUUCCGAGGGGUCCACACGGGUGAGCAUCCUGGGAACAUCCCUCGUGCCGCUCCAGGACUACGAGGUGAAAGUGAGGUCACUGGUUGCCCCUGGAGAAGGUUCCACCUACGAAGGAAUCCCCUCAGAAUGGUCUGAACCUGCAAACUGGACCUCAAAUAAAGCCACCUGGUCCGUCUCCACACUGAUUUAUUUCUUCUGUGGCGUGAUUGCAGCCGCGCUCUUUCUGACUCUGUACCACACUAUCCCAGUUUGCCGGAAGGAAGUUGUGAUGUGGGUGGACUCAGUUCCCUCUCCAGGCAAAAGCAAGAGCCUGUCUGAGAUCAAGUCUUCCUCGUCCCCGACCCUCGUGCAGAGCGAGAAGACGUCCAUUUGUAGCGUGCAGCACCUCGACCGCGUAUCGACCUGCCGAUGUCUGCACUCUGCCGCCGUGGCGAUCGAGAAGAAAGAGGGAGCUGAUGAAAUUAUGCACCUUUCCCCCCCUUGCAGCUCCACAGAAGCUUUGCUUUGGCCGACCAAGAGCACUGAGACGACGGGCGGCGACCAGAGCAGGAGUUGCUGGAACUGUGAUAACCUUCCCUGCCCUCUUGAUAACGCUCACGACUCGGACACGUCGUCCAUGAGCUUCAGCGGGCCAUACAUCUUUUGUCAGGGAUCAGGACAAAUGUCAAUGGAGGUCCAGCAAGAAGAAGUCCGGGAAACUAAAUCGAGUGAAGCCGUGCCUCUCUUCCCGGCGCCAUGUCCUCUUCGCGAUAGAGAUUACGUGUGUCUUCCCAACCGCACUCUCUCAAGGUCCACAGAGGACCUCACAUCCCACAGCAGCUCAGGCCCAAAAUGGUACCACAGUCCUGAGCAGGACCAGCAGCACCUGAACGCCACACUGCGGCCUGUUCAGUCUGGCAGCCGGUCCGGCUUCGGAGAACCAGCGGUGAGACGUCAACCGCCCGAUUACACUGCAGGGCCGCUCCCCUCUUGGCCUCAAGGGGGCGCUAACUCAGGAUACUGCCAGCUCCCAGCAGCCUUCACCGUACCGCCAAAAUGAACAGCUGCAUGCAAGAAACAAAACAACAAGGCAGGAUCAAUUAGUAAUUGACUUUUUGUAAGCUUCUACUUUAUUAUAAGCUCCUCAAGCUGUUAGAGGAAAAAAAAAAUCUUGUUGUCGUUGCACAUAUUUUAUAUUGCCUUUACUGAUUUUAAUUUAGUAAUAUGUAACCAAACAUUUAACAGGGCAAAUAAAAUGUUUUUAUAUCUACAAAUAUUCCAGGAAGAAUAUUUAUAUAUAUUUUUUUAUUAAUGUUUAUCUUCAGCAUGAUUUUCUUUAUACAAGCUGCCACUCCAUGAAACUGCUAAAGCAAAGAAACAGAAGGCAAGUUAAAGUCAGAACAUUGACGCUGUGACCUUUUUCACCAUUUUAUUUCCUGUACAGAGCAUUUUAAUUUCAAUAAAAGUUCAACUUACAUGCUAAUAAGACAAACUGGCAUAUUUACUGUCAAUACUGUCAUCAUUCAGAUCAUAAUCAGACAAACAAAAUGAAGUUGUUUCUGUGCCAGAAGUGAAGCCAUUUUAUUUUAAGUUAUUAUCUCUGGAGGCCUCAAAAAAAUUAAAGCUAUAGUUGUAUAAUUUUUUGAAACGGGGAUGAUCUAUAUUUAAUAAAAAUUAUGACAAGGGAAGUCUCUGAUCACAUUAUGUGAUGGUUACUCCUUUCCUGUUACUAACUUCACCAUGUAAUCGCGCAAAGUGAAAGUACAAAGAUAAAUUUGCUUAAUGGAAACACUCCAAUGUCAAAAACACAAGCUUUUUUUUGCUAGGAUGAGGCGGCUUUUUUUGAAUUAUCAGAAUUUGUGUAUAUCACUAAACUGCAACAGAAACCCUUUUUUUCACAUCAUACGGGUGAUGUGAUCAACAACACAAGGUUACUACUGGAGGAAAAGAUGAAGACGACAGGAAGUGGAAGGAGAAUGACGGCGUCGCAUGUUUUUUAAUGACAUCAUGUGAACAAACUAGUUAACCUUUGAUCUUAAAUCCGAAAUCGUGUUUCUGAUUUAAUAAAAAUACCGCAAUUGCGAAA